UGUGUGUGCGGGUCGGCCUGCAUCCGUCGUGGCAGUCGGCGUAGCGUUCGUCGUCGAGCUGGGGCUCGGUGCGGGCGGGCUGCCGCUCCACUGUCGGUCGGGAACCUCGAGCGCCGUAGUGGAGGCACCCCCCUCAACCGACGUAACAUCCCCAAAAAGAGCGCAUUUAAAAUUUGCAGACGACGCCAUCUCCAUUCUAUCUUUCGUCAUCCACCUCGGUCCACUUAUUACUCAGCCCUACGAAGCUUCAUAAAGCUCCCGACCUCCAUCCAUCAGCUUCGCGAUCCCCAGUCCCAUUCCGAACAACGUAACAUAUGUCUUCGCUCCUCGGUCGCAUCUUCCGUUCCCUCAACACCCAGACCUUAAAAAUGUCCACCACCACCUUCCCUUCCAGCCCCGUCCACGUCCCCGAGGGCGCCGAGAAGGCCACCGUCGCCGCCGGCUGCUUCUGGGGCGUUGAGCACCUCUACCGCAAGCACUUUGCCGACAAGGGUCUUUACGAUGCGCGCGUCGGCUACAUUGGCGGUGACGCCUCCAACCCCUCCUACAAGCAAGUUUGCUCUGGCAACACUGGCCACGCCGAAGCGACCCUCCUGAUCUACGAUCCCACCCGUCUCUCCUACACCCAGCUCCUCGAGUUCUUCUACAAGAUGCACGACCCCACGACGCACAACAUGCAGGGGCCCGAUGUCGGCGCGCAGUAUCGCAGCGGUAUCUUCUACCACAACGAUGAGCAGAAGAAGGUUGCGGAGGAGAUCACAAAGAAGGCCAACGAGCAGUGGUGGGGUGGCAAGAUCGUCACCGAGAUCCUCCCGGCCAAGGAGUGGUGGGAUGCUGAGGAGUAUCACCAGCUGUACUUGGUGAACAACCCCGAUGGGUAUGAGUGCCCCAGUCACGUCUUGCGCAAGUUCCCUGAACUCAAGUAGGCGCUCGGGUCUUGAGCAAUUGUGCCGCGCCCAGCGCGCAUAGAACCGAGUUUUGGGUAGCAGAAAUGCGCCAAGCUCAACCUGGGGAUGACAUUCGGGCAGGAUCCGGAUGAGAGAUGAUGGGAUGGUAAUUCAACACAGCGGGAUCCCGGACAGCAUACACGGCAUGGACGGAUUUAACAUACAAGCGACAACAUUGCAUCAGACGGCGUUUGGGACGGAAGGAAGAUCUUGGGUUUUGUCGUUUUUUAUUGGGAGUUUCUUGAGAUAUCUAGAUAUACAAGUGGAAUA